AUGUACGGAGCCGUCAACAAAAGUGAGCUGGAAAGAGAUGGCAGCAGACUUUUAGCUAUGCUUGAGGUCUUACCUAUCAGAUCGACUCGGGCUAUCCGCGAUAACUUCCAUAUCCUCCCUCCACCUAGGCACGUACAGGGUGGCGCACAACCAACAGAGAAUAUAUGGAAAAAAUGUGCUGAAGAAUUUGAAAAUAGAUGGGGAUUUCCAAAUUGCAUUGGCAGCGUGGACGGUAAACAUGUAACAAUCAAGAGACCUAACAACAGUGGCUCCAAUUACUGGUGCUAUUUACAUAAAUAUUCAAUAGUACUUAUGGCCAUUGUUGGCCCGGACUAUAAAUUUAUAUGUGUUGAUAUUGGUGGUUUCGGAAAAAAUAGUGAUGGGGGUAUUUUCGAAACCUCAAACAUGGGAAAACGAUUUGAACAAAAUUUAACGAGUGUCCCUGCACCUAGAUUUCUCCCUGGACAAAAUGAAAUCUGCUCGUACGUCUUAAUUGGUGAUGAAGCAUUUGCUUUAAAACCAUACCUUAUGAGACCAUUUCCUUAUAAGCAGACUUUAACAGACGUCAGAAAAGAGAAAUACAAUGGCGUUGAAGUCGACGGUCACGCCGGAAACGGGGGACAGGCACAUUCACAAAAACUUCCGGAUGACGAGCAGCACAAAAGUCAAAUAUUCGAAAGUCUAGCAAAACAAAUUUAA